AUGGGAGAUGUCUUGGGAAGGCCAGAGUGGAAGGAAGAGGUUAUUGUGUACACAAAGGAACGGAGAAUAGACGGAAAGAAGUUGAACUUCGGAGCACACGUCAUUCCGCUGGAGCGCCGUGGU